GCUCGCAUGUGUCGGGAGCGCACAGAGGGCGCACCGGUGUCAGUUUGCUCUGGAGCUCCUUGUAGCGGUCGGUGGGUCGGUGGCUGCCGGUUGCGCGCACACUGCCUUCUAACAGCAGCAGCAAGGAAUUUUUGGGGAGUGGAAAUUCCGCUGUUACUUCCACGGCUCGCCUUGUAUUUCUGACAUUUCUGCUGUGACGGUCAGUCAGACGCCGCGGACAGACACAGGCGGAAGAAAAAGACAGAGCUGGACUGAAAUAAGGAGUAAAGAUCUUUAGAGCUGAGAGCAGCGCUCCGAUGAUCCUCGGUGCUGCUUCUUUUUUUUUUCUUUUUUUUUUUUUACUGAAUUCUGGUUUUGUCUUUUUUGAAAUGAUCCAUUUGGAAGUACGUGUUCGCUCCUUUUUGUGAGGUUUGACAAAGAAUCGGAGGCACACAGCUGCCACUCCUGACGGAUUUUUCCCCUUUUUGAUUCUUGUUUCCUACGUUUGGAUUAUUAUUUUUUUUGGUUUUGCAGGAGAUGGCAAGUUGUUGCCUGACUGACGCGGGGAUCUGCUGCUGAGCCUCGCAGGAUGCUGGGGACCCUACGACAACCAGAUCUCCUACUUUGAGACACACAUUUUCCCAUUAUUUCUCCUUCUCCCUUUUUGGACGUAACAUCCUCCUGGACUGUUUAUUUUUUAAAUCUUCUUUAAAAUACAGAAUGUCUGUGUUGUACAAUCUAAGGAUGCGUUGUGGAUUGCUAUUGUUCCUUUUCGCCCAAGUCAUCUCGGUUGCUUCGUUGACUCAGACUGACAAAUGCGGGGGGAACAUAGAGAUCCACACCGCGGACUACCUGACCUCCCCGGGCUAUCCCGGCGCGUACCCGCCCUCCCAGCAGUGCGUGUGGGUGAUCACAGCCCCGGAGCCCGGUCAGAAGAUCCUCAUCAACUUCAACCCGCAUUUUGAUCUGGAGGACAGAGACUGCAAGUACGACUACGUUGAGGUGUACAACGGCGGGGACGAGCAGUCACCCAUGUUGGGAAAGUUUUGCGGCAAGAUCGCACCGUCUCCGAUCAUCUCCAGCGGCAGCCAGCUCCUCAUCAAGUUCGUCUCAGACUACGAGACUCACGGGGCGGGGUUCUCCGUCCGCUACGAGGUCUUCAAGACAGGUCCAGAAUGUUCCAGGAACUUCACGGCUCCCAGAGGCGUCAUAAAGACCCCGGGCUUCCCCGAGAAGUACCCCAACAACCUGGACUGCACCUUUAUGAUCUUCGCCCCCAAGAUGUCUGAGAUCGUGGUGGAGUUUGACAGCUUCGAUAUGGAGCCCGACACCACGCCGCCGCCGGGCGCCCUCUGCCGAUACGACUGGCUGGAGAUCUGGGACGGAUUCCCUGCAGUGGGUCCCCACAUUGGCCGGUACUGUGGCCAGACGUCCCCGGGCCGUGUGAUCUCCUACACCGGCAUCCUGUCCAUGACCAUCACCACCGACAACGCCAUUGCCAGGGAGGGCUUCUCCGCCAACUACACCAUCCGAGAGAGGAGCCUGCCCCCGGGACACGAAGACGAGGAAUUCGCUUGUCUGGAGCCGCUGGGAAUGGAGUCAGGAGAAAUUUCCUCCGAGCGGAUCACGGCCUCCUCCCAGUACAACUCCAACUGGUCCCCCGAACGAUCACGCCUCAACUACCAGGAGAACGGCUGGACGCCCUCCGACGACACCGUCAGGGAGUGGAUACAGGUGGAUUUGGGAUUCCUCCGGUUCAUCACGGCCGUCGGGACACAGGGAGCGAUCUCCAAAGAGACGAAGAAGCACUACCACGUCCGCUCGUACAAAGUGGACGUGAGCUCCACCGGAGAGGACUGGGUCACCGUGAAGGAGGGCUCAAAGCAGAAGAUCUUCCAGGGGAACCACAACCCGACGGACGAGGUUCUCGCCUACCUCCCCAAACAGACUCUGGCUCGCUACAUCCGAGUCCGCCCGAUGUCCUGGGAGCAAGGCAUCUGUAUGCGCUUUGAGAUCUACGGCUGCAGAACAUCAGACUAUCCAUGUGCAGGGAUGCUGGGGAUGGUGUCGGGUCAGAUCUCAGACGCUCAGAUCAGCGCCUCGUCGUACGCAGACCGGGGCUGGGUCGCUGAAAACGCUCGACUGCUGACAGGGAGAUCGGGCUGGACCGGGCAGCAGACCAAGCAGCCUUUCAAAAACGAGUGGCUACAGGUGGAUCUGGGUCAGGACAAGAUGGUGAGCGGCGUUGUGAUCCAGGGAGGCAAACACCGCGACAGAAACGUCUUCAUGAAGAGGUUCAGGGUGGGCCACAGCCUGGACGGAGAGGACUGGACCAUCGUGAAGGAGGACAACACCACCAAGCUUAAGAUAUUUACCGGGAACCAGAACCACGACACCCCCGAGCUGAGGUCAGUGGGUCCCCUCCUGACCCGCUUCAUCAGGAUCUACCCGGAGAGAGCGACAACCGAGGGCCUGGGCCUCCGACUGGAGCUGCUGGGCUGCGAGCUGGACGACAUUACAACGACAGCCCCGCCCACCACGCCCAUCGCCUCCACACUUCCCAUGACCACGUUUGGAGCGACCACCACAGCGCCGAUCACCAUCCCUGGAACGACCCUGAGUCCAGAGUGUGAGGAGGGACAGCGGGACUGUGUGGUGGAGACCGACGCCCCCGAUGACUAUGACACAGUGACGGCAGGAGGAACCACAGCGCCCGACCCCAUCCUGGACUUCAUACCAGCGUACGUCUGGUUCGCCUGCAACUUUGACUUCUCGUCGUUCUGCGGCUGGACCCGAGAGACGGGGACGGGCGCCGAGUGGCUCAUCCAGACCAACGGGGCCUCGACCGUGCACAGAGGGCCCACCCUGGACCACACAGGCGGACCAGGGAACUUCAUCUACAUGCAGCUGGGUGACACAGACAUGCCGAGUAAAACCGGCGGCGACGAUGACGACGAGGACGAAAAGGUGGCCAGCCUGGCCAGCCUGCCCAUCACGGCUCCGGACGCCGACCUGUGCAUGUCCUUCUGGUACCACAUGUUCGGGGAACACGCCGGAGCGCUGCACAUCAAGCAGAGGAGGGAGGCGGAGGCGGGGCAGCUCCUGUGGACGGUCAGCGGGCACCAGGGCAGCAGGUGGAGGGAGGGGAGAGUGUUACUGCCACACUCCAGUGUCUCAUAUCAGGUGGUGGUAGAAGGUGUUGCAGACAGACGGAGUGCAGGACACAUAGCUGUGGACAACAUCCAGAUCCUGGAUGGACUCAGUCCAGAGGAAUGCAAAGAUCCAGAAGCUCCCACGUCUCCACCGACUGAGAUCGUCAUCCUACCGAUGGAUUCCCUCCCGCUGGAGAACAGCGACCUCGGCGGCCCAGGAAACAUGCUGAAGACCCUAGACCCCAUCCUCAUCACCAUCAUCGCCAUGUCCGCGCUCGGCGUCUUCCUGGGCGCCAUCUGCGGCGUGGUGCUGUACUGCGCCUGCUCACAGGGCAGCAUGACGGACAGGAACUUAUCCGCCCUGGAGAACUAUAACUUUGAGCUGGUGGACGGCGUGAAGCUAAAGAAGGACAAGAUGAACGGACAGACUAACUACUCAGAGGCGUGAGGGCAGUGGGGGGCGGGGGGCGGGACACACGGAGCAGCGACAACUCCGCAUGGACUUGUGAUGCAGCCAAUCAAACGGGAGGGAACGCUGGGCUGAAGCCACCGAUGGGACGGACGUCAGGGUGGGCUGAAAGUGAGCCAAUGUCCAUUUUUUUUCUCAGGAGCGGCAGUGGAAAAGACUGACCUGCAGGGGGCACUGUGUAUAAAGAAUCUGUACAGCAAAAAAAGAAGAAGAAGAAGAAGAAAACUAAGGAUUCUAUUUGUUUUUCGGCGUGCUUUGUUGAUUUCAUGUAAUCACAUGCUGGUGUUGAGACCAAUUCAGAUGAAAGUAUCGUUUGUGAACUUUUACGGAAAAGAAAAAAAUCUGUUUAUUUGUUUGUUUUUGUUGUUUCAGAUGUCAUAGUUUCAUAGAGAGGUGGUGGUGGGGGGGGGGCGGAGUUUGUGAAAAGUCUGAUAUCUGGCUCUUUAGCAGGCCACGUGUCCCUAUGAGUGUGUGUGUGUGGAAGUGUGUGUGUGAACAAGUGUGUGUACAGGUGUCACAUCCAUAUACAUCUGCAUUUAGGGUGUGUAUGUAUCACUGAGUCUGGCUGUAGGUGUGUGUGUGUGUGUGUGUGUGUGUGUGUGUGUGUGCACGUUACACUUGUGUUUAUGUGUAUAUGAAGUGCAAGCAUCUUACUUUGUGUGUUUGUGUGUGUGUGUGUGUGUGUGUGUGUGAAGGCGGGUACCAUCGUGACCUGUGUCUAGUUCCGACAGUGCCUUUUUUUUCUCCAACUUUUCUGUUGCCUUGUUUUCUGCUGGUUGUUUUUUCUCAUCGGCUGGCGUCACGUUCAGGGUUCCUACACAAAAACCACGGAGAAAAGUCGGGGGGGGGGGGGGGGGGAAUUAAAUUCUGCACUUUUUUCCAGAAACCUUUUUUAGUGCGUACUGUCAGAUAUCAGAUGAGUUGGUUUGGAAUCCAUCUGAAGAUCUUCACGCCUUGAUGACAGUCGUACUGACCGUUACAGUGAGCAGCAAUUUUUGUGGAAAGCUCUGGAAAAAAUGAUGGCAUUUCAAAAAAUGUGUAGUAGCCCUGAAUGCCUCGUUUUCAUGGCACAUGACACAUCCAACAUAUUGUACAUAGGUUUUAAUAUAUUUGAGCGCCCUUUUCUAUAUAGUAAAAAAAACAAAAACACCAGUGCCGCAGUAUCCUUUCUAUGUUUGACUCAAACUCACCCCCCAAACUACAAAGUCCAGAAAAUCUGAGUUUUAACAAACAGACGACGACCACGUUUGUGCUGCUUUUACGUGUGAUCUUGUUGCCAUUUUUUGUCCGUUUUGUUGUUGUUGUUGUUGUUGUUGUUUGGUUUUCUGGUUGUGCUCCGCGAAAGAGAAAGGAUAACGGCUUUGGCAUUAUGGAGAAAUGCCUCAUGGGAAGUGAAGUUUUUUUUUUUUUGUACAGGGUAAAACAGACGACCUCAGCAGCAGCAGCAGCAGCAGCAGCUCAGAAGAUAUGUGACAGGAUGGAUCAUCAGGAAAUAUUUUCACGAGAGGCGGGCAAACGUUUUCCGCACUGGCACACACGAAACGACUGUGAAACUUUGAAGCUUAAAAGUGUGUCCAGCGGUCAGUGUGAAGGACUUCAGGUGUCAGGAAGGCUUCACCUGUCUUCUCUUUGGACAGAGCGGACCGGGGAGUGGAAGCUCUUGAUUUGAAGACUUGAGGACAAUGCUGUACUCUCCGUCAGUGUUUGUCAUGUUUUGACUAUCAGGAGAAAUCUUUGAAGGAUUUUUUUUAUUGAGAAAAAUGACGUGAAAAACAACUAAACAGGUUGACUUAUUACAGCUGAUCUUUCUGUACAAUUAUGGCCUCACAUGUUGUUUUCCCUGAAGCUAACGUGCUAAUUUGCUAAUCAAAAGAAAGAGACACAAGAAAGGCUCAUCGUGCUAUUCUUUGUACUUUUAAAUAACUAAAUAUUGGCUGUGGGAAAAAAGGUUUAAUGCAGGUUUAUUUGUAUGUUUUUGGGUUUCUGCUGCUUUUUAUCCCAAUUUGAAACAUCACAAUUACAUCCCGGAGCUUUUCCUCACCUGCAGACUUCACAAAAGGAGCCUUAUUCCCAAACAUCAGUGCACACUUACAUCAGAAACAUCCUUAACUUUUUAACAUAAAAGGCAGGAUGAAAAUCAGAUGAACCGGUUAGCUUCCUUCUAAAAGUAAAUAUUGAUAUUUGUGGUUGUGUGUGUUGUGAUUCUUCUCACUUGUUUUUCGCUCUGAGAAGGCUGGAGGAGUCUUUAAAGCCAGACAUUUCACCCACAGCACACUGAUUGAAUCAACAAAGAAAGCUGUUGUUAUCUGACUGGCUGUUUCUUAAUGAGGGUUGAAACAGAGCGAGCUUUCAAAGAUUGAAACUACAAAAUCCCUCCCACUGCUCUUGCUUCUGCAUCACCAUUUAUUGGAGAGAGAAACAAGCAAAGUGUGUGAAAGUGAAACAUGAUUUGGUUCCUCUGGAAAUUUGUCAAGUGUGCAUUCAAACAAUUUCCACCACCAUGAUCUUGUGGUCUGAUAAUGCAGAAAGUUUCUCCUAUUAUAGCCUCCUGCAUCCUGUUGCAGUUUAACGUAGCAUUAUGUGGUAUCAUGUGAGCUUAAAAUGUGAGGUUAGUCUCUUUGUCAAUAAAGCAUCAAGCUAGCCUAGUGAUUAUGUCGCCCACAUGUUCUGAGGCUGUAGUCCUCAUCGCAGUAGUCGUGGGUUGGAAUCCUGCUUUGGCCCUUUGCUGCCAGUCAUCCACUAGCAGCUACAUCCAGUGUUUAAAAAUGAAGCCGGUGCGGAAGUGUAAAAUCCUGCAGUUCGUCGAGUGUCCACUUGAGGCCGGCUGCAUGAGCACCAGAAGGCACAUACACACCACAUUCAAAAAAGCUGUUUUUACAGCAGAGAUUAACGUGUUUACAGCCUGGUUCAAUUAAUAUUGAACCAUUAAUAUUUACAGUCUAUGCUCAUCCCCCCACUCUCUGCUACUGUCUCUCUUCAGCUCCAAUCCCGUAAAGGCAAAAAAGACCCGAAAAAAACAUCAUCUUUCAAUUACUUCUUUUGUUUUUAGAUUAUUUUAUUUUGGAAGGAAAAGGCCCCUCUAGAGUCUGUUUUGUAUGAAAUUAAAUCAUUAUCCUGUUCCCGUUGCAACUUAAAGAAUAUUUCCAAUCAAAUCAAAGUGCUCUGACUGUUGAGAUGUUCGUUACAAGCUGUUAGAAAUCACUCUGGUUUCACUCUUUAUUUGUUCUGUUGCCUAUUAUCAAAGUAAAGAACCGGACGAGAUCAUUUAUAUCGAAGUGUAACUUCAGUCUGACUCAACGUGUUUGGAAUAUUUCAGAAGACAGACAUGAAAGGAUGCUGCAGCACUCGAUGUGAAAACAAAUGUUGCACUGAUAUAUUUAAAGAAUCUGUGUUUAUGAUGUUGAUUUAUGAAAAGAGAGGAAGAAGAAGGCGAGGAGGAGAAGGAGGGCAGUGUUAUUGUUGCUUCUUUUUGAAUACUUUCAGAUGACAAUGCUUUUAUUCUGAAAAAUACAUUUUACAGAGAUGUUUUUUGUCAAUCUCCAGAAAGCUUAUAUGCGUCUCUUUUGAAGCGUAACAGUUUUAUUUACUUGGUAUAAUAUCACCUCGUGUUUUUUCUGUCACUGAUGUAUGUGCCAUUGAUUUAUUUUUGUUCUGUUUUCUUUGUAUGACAAGAAAAAAAAGUUUUAUUUUCAGUACUGCUUCUGUAAUGUUUUGCCGUCUCAGAUCAAGAAAAAAAUGGAGAAAGGAAAUAAGAAAGUUUAAAACAAAAACAAAAAACACACACAAUGGAAAAGCAGUGAGGCCUUAAGUGACUAAAAGUAUUGUUUGUACUUUGACUUUCUGGUCAGCACCCAGACUCAUCCGUCUCUGUUGUCUCAGACUCUGAUCAUUGACUAUUACAUUCCAAAGAAUUGGAUCAAAUAAAUGUUUUAAGUAAA